CGCGACAAGCUCUCGGAUGCGUCCCGGCCGACUAAGCGGCGUUGCGUGAGUAGCGCAUGCAUCGCGUGUCGAAAACGGAAAUCGAAGUGUGACGGGAAUACGCCUUCGUGUGCCGCGUGCGCUUCCGUCUACCACACCGAAUGUGUCUACGACCUUAACUCCGAUCAUCGAAGGAAGGGCGUGUAUAAGAAGGAUAUUGACAGCUUGAAGACGCAGAAUGGUACCCUACAGACCCUGAUUGAGGCUGUCUUAAAUUACCCGGAUGAGAGGGUUUAUGAUCUGGUGAAGGAGAUACGGUCGUGCGAUUCUCUCGAGGAACUGGCAGAGCGGAUCGCCGAGGAGCAGAAGCAGCUGUCGGAAAACUGGGCAGCAACCAGUCCGAAGGGGAUCGUCGACGGGGAUUCGCCGGAGAGCCAGGGAAGUAUCUGGGAAGGGGAUGGAGACGGCAUACCGUCAUCUCUUGAGGCAGAGUUAAGUGGGAAGAUGGGAUCGCUUCGUCUGGAGGAGGGUCAGGUGCGGUUUAUCGGCGCGACUUCGAAUUUGAUGCUGCUGCCAUCCAGCCAAAGUACCGAAGACGAAGAGGAGGCCGGGAAUCCAGCGUUGCAGAGUCAGCGGCAAGACAUUCCCAUUCUUUCGUGGACGACGGUGACGCAGGAUAAGGACUUGAUAUUGCAUCUGAUCACGCUUUACUUUACCUACCACUACCCUUUCUUCACCACGCUCUCGAAGGACCUUUUCUACAAGGAGUUCUUCCGCGGCAAACAACCCUUUGACCCCCGUCGUAUCGUCUACUGCACCUCGUUACUUGUCAACAUCAUGCUCGCUCUUGGGUGCCAUUUCACGACAUGGCCAUCGGCACGCGCAAAUCCGAACGACUCGGCUACAGCCGGCGACCAUUUCUUCAAGGAGGCGAAGAGAAUCAUCUUCGAGAACGAUGAGCAUGAGAACCCACGGCUGACCACUGUACAAGCGCUCGCCCUGAUGUCGGUGCGCGAGGCAGGAUGCGGCAGAGAAGCGAAGGGUUGGGUCUAUUCUGGCAUGAGUUUCAGAAUGGCGAUGGAUCUUGGUCUUCAUUUAGAUCCGGUUUCGUUGAAAGAAACCGAUUCUAUGAGUGAUGAAGAAACGGAUGCCAGGAGGAUCACAUUUUGGGGCUGCUUUCUCUUUGACAAAUGUUGGAGCAACUACAUGGGUCGCAUGCCACAGUUGCCAUCAGCGAUGGUGACAGUUCCCAAGCCUGAUGUCUUCCCAUCGGAAGAUUCGGACAACUGGGUGCCGUACACAGACGAAGGCAUCAUCGACAACGCGCAACCGUCGAGAAUCCGUGCCAUCUCGUUGCAGAUCUCCCACCUCUGUGAGAUUUCGAACGAUAUACUUCUGUGCUUCUACAACCCCACUCCGUCCUCCGCAUCCCCCAUGGCCAAAUCUCUGACCAAAUCAUCCAUCUCUGCCGAAUUCAAGAAACUUGGCGAGCUAUUUUCCCGUCUCGAAGAUUGGCGCAAGAAGCUUCCGGUAGAGCUCGAGGCUCGCGGUGGAAGCCUACCAAGCGCACUACUAAUGCACAUGUUCCAUCAAACCCUCUACAUCCACCUGUUCCGACCGUUUCUCAAGUUCUCCUCCCAGAGCUCAUCCACACCGCUCUCCCACCUUGAUCCUCGAAAAGCGUGUCUCCACGCGGCGACGAACAUUUCCAAGUACCUACGCUUCUACAAACACCGCUACAAGCUGAAGCAGAUCUGCAACGUAGCUGGCUAUUUUAUCCAUUCCGCGUGCACCAUUCAUCUCCUCAACCUACCACAAAAGACCGCGGCAAGGGACAUAAUCCAAGGCCUCCACGGCCUCGAGGAAAUGGGCGAAUGCUGGCUCGUCGCCCGCCGAUCACUAGUGAUAAUCGAUAUCCUCGUCCGCCGCUGGCGCCUCGAGGUGCCCGAGGAAGCAGCGGUGAUCCUCGCCCGCGCUCGCACAGAAGCCAAACAAUGGGGCCUC